AAUAUCGUCAUUUCCCGGCACCAGUAUGGUGCAGAGAUAGACAUAAUCGUCUCUUUCAACGGCGGGUCGUCGCCAUUGUCAGUGGAAACUGUAAAAGGCUCAGAAAUGCCUCUCUCGCUUUUGCAAAUAACCUCUACUUCUCCUCUACAUUCCACCUUUCAUCAUCUGAGUCCUUCUAUCUUGCCUAAAUCCCUCUUCCCUACUUUUCAACCAGAAUCAAAGGCCCUGAAACGAUGGAUCUUUUCCACUAAACCAACACUGCAUCGAAGAACACCUAAAACUGGUACUGCCCAUGCUUCUUUGCUUGAGACUCCAGUUUUAUGGGCAGGUAGGCUUUGCAUCUUUUAUGCCCUCCUCAAGGCUGGAUUGGCUGGAUCUCGAGAAAACCCGCUUGUUUCAGAUUUGGAAAUUGAUGACAGCGAUGAAUCUGGUGAUUUGGGGUUCUCUAAAUGGACUCAGAGUAUACUGGGUAAACCAGCAAAGCAAGAAGCUACUGGAAGGAAGCUGGUAAGCAAAUGGCAUGCUACAACAAAGGGCACACUUCGAAGAAACUAUAGAGUCCCAUCCAAGUCCGAGGGACGGCGUCUUCUUAAAGCUGUUGCUUCUCUAUUGUCUGAUGAUGAUCACUUCACUGAUGCCACCUCUCACAAGGGUUGUCAAAUUAGGAGGGAAAGUGCUCAUGGAGAGAGUGUGUGUUGUAACAAUGUGAGAGCUCUUUUUGAUGAACUUCCAACUCCACACCUGAUUGUGGAAAUCACUCCUUUCCCUUCUGGAUCUCUCACUGAGAAGGAUUACACUAAAGCAGAGAAGCUUGAGAAGGUUCUCAGAUCCAGUCCUUCUGUAAGAAGCUUGGACAACUUUCAACUUAACACUGCACAGAUUGAGUUGGACUGGACCUGGAAAAUAACAUGAUAUCAUCUUUUUUAA